AUGUCGAAAACGACCUAUCUCGCACCACCAUCAAUCUACUCGCACGAUUACGAGGGCUGGCUCUUGAUAUCAAAGCUGAGAAGACAACUUGUUUGGCGACCUGCCCCACAACGAUACUACUGCAUCCUUGACGGCCAACGUUUAUCCUAUUACACUCGCAAGAAUGAUCGAAAACCUAAAGGAGUGCUUGAUCUUACCCGAUAUCGACUUAUUACAGCAUCACCUUCAUGCCGAGGUCUCCUUAUCAACCGAGCACCAUCGCAAAAGUCAUUUCAAUUGAUCGCACAAGACAAGGAUUUGCCUGAUUUGAUGCUGGUUGCUGAUUCACGACAAGCAAAAGAAGAAUGGACGACAUACAUGGAUUAUCAACGUGGCAACAACAAUGUUCUUGAUAAAUGGCUAGAGCGAUACGACUUGAGCAAUGAGCAGCUGCCAUCACCACCUUCGCCAUCCAUUUCUUCUAUAUCAUCCACCUCCACAUCCACAUCAUCGGUUGUCAAAUCACCGAUUGACUGCUGGCAACCAACAACACCAACCUCUCCAACAACUACAAUGGACAUGUCAGGCUUGAUCCACUCGUUCAUCUCAAGGCGCAAAUCAUCCCCUGCUUUAAAUAGUGGACGUCGACGACCAUCCCUUACACCUUCAGCAUCACCGUUGCAUUCCAUCAUGGAUAGUCCUCACGAUUAUUAG